AGACUUUUGGGAGUUCUUUAAAUGUUUUUUUUAGAUUUUUGGGGCACUUUUGAAAACUAAAUUAUAGCAUAAAAGGGGAGCAAAAGUGCAAGCUUUGUUGCAACAAACCCAAUUUUCUCUUGUUAGCAUUCAAAAAUGAAGACAGCUCCACAUUUGCAAUCCUCAAGUAUUAUACUCAUCAUUGUCUACAUGUGCAUGGGUCAUCACCUUGGUGUUCAAGAAACCACUCUUGCAAGUGCUUUGCAGCUGAAUAACCAAACUGACAAACUUGCAUUGUUGGCUUUGAAGGAUAGAAUACUUGAAGAUCCAUUGAUGGUCAUGAGCUCUUGGAAUGAAACUCUCCAUUUUUGUGAAUGGAGAGGGGUUUCAUGCAGCCGUCAGCAUGAAGGAAGAGUCAUCACGUUGAAUUUAGCAGGCCAACAUUUGGUAGGUUCGGUACCUCCACACAUUGGCAACCUCACCUUUUUGAGGCAUAUGGACCUCAAUAGCAACAUGUUCAAUGGAGAGAUUCCCCAAGAGGUUGGUCAUCUUUUUCGACUGAGAUAUCUUAAUCUUAGUGACAAUGCUUUUCAGGGGAAAAUUCCAAGUAAUCUGGGAUUUUGUAGUAAUCUACAAGUCAUCAGUUUGAAUGGCAAUAACCUUGAAGGUGAAAUCCCAGAUGAGCUUCGAAAUCUUUCAAAACAACUUGUCAGCUUCUCAAUCUCGAGAAAUUACCACAUCACAGGAAGGAUCCCACGGUGGUUGGGGAAUGCAUCUUCACUAAUAAAGUUAUCCUUGAAGGACAACAAGUUACAUGGAAGCAUCACAGCUGAGCUUGGGAGACUAUCAAAGUUGCAAUUUCUACAACUUACUUCAAAUCAUUUAUCAGGGAUGAUUCCUUCUUCUAUUUACAAUCUUUCCUCACUUGAAAUCCUCUGCAUGGCAGAAAACCAACUACAUGGGGAAAUCCCUUGGGAUAUUGGCACUACUCUUCCUAAUGUCCAAAUGAUAUACUUAGGACUAAACCACUUUUCAGGGCCAAUACCAGUUUCAUUAGCAAAUGCAUCCAAGCUAGAGUGGUUCAGUAUCGGAUAUAACAACCUAAGUGGAGCCAUACCUUCCACCUUGGGAAGCUUGAGGAGUCUUAAAGAGUUACAUAUUCCUGGAAACAAUUUGGAGGUUGAAGGUUUGAAUUUCCUAACUUCUUUGACUAAUAACAGUGACCUUUAUUCGUUGGAUUUAGGGUGUAAUCUCUUCAAAGCUGAAUUGCCUGCAUCAAUUGCUAAUUUUUCAAGCAAGCUUGAAUAUUUAUAUAUAGACCACAAUCAGAUUUCAGGUAACAUCCCUAAGGAGAUUGGGAAUUUGAUUGGCUUAAGAGCUCUGGAAUUGGAUGUAAACCAUAUUGGAGAGUUGAGUCAAGCAACCAGUGAGUUCUCAUCAUCUAAUUUGAUAGGUAAAGGAAGUUUUGGCUCAGUCUACAAAGGAAUUAUGGGCCGAGAUGGAAUGUCAUUGGCAGUGAAGGUGCUUCACCUUGAGCAGAAAGGAGCUUUCAAGAGUUUCAUGGCAGAAUGUGGAGCAUUAAGAAACAUUAGACAUCGAAAUGUGAUCAAAAUUGUAAGUGUUUGUUCAAGUGCAGACUACAAAGGUGCUGAAUUCAAGGCUAUCAUUUAUGAGUUCAUGCAAAAUGGAAGUUUAGAAGGGUGGCUACAUCCAAAUGAAGUUGCAGUUAAAGUGAAGAAUUUGAACUUCAUUCAAAGGUUGAAUAUAGCCAUUGAAGUGGGAUCUGCAACUGAAUAUCUACACUACGAUUGCCAGCCAGCAAUAGUUCAUGGUGAUCUUAAACCAAGCAACGUUCUACUUGAUCAUGACAUGGUUGCACAUGUAGCUGACUUUGGACUGUCAAGAUUUCAAUCUAAAUGCAUCCACAACAAUGCAUCCAAAAAACAAAGCAGUUCAAUGGGAGUAAGAGGAACGGUUGGGUAUGUGGCUCCAGAAUAUGGCAUGGGAGGUAAGGCAUCCAUCUCGGGUGAUGUUUACAGCUUUGGAAUUAUGUUGCUGGAGAUGGUUACAGGGAAGCGACCCACUGAUUUAAUGUUCAAGGACUGUUUUACCAUUCACCAGUUUACAAAAGCAGCACUACCUGAGAAUGCGAUGGAUAUUCUAGAGCCUUCAUUACUGCAGGAGGUAUAUGAUGCAGAAAAGUUAGGAAAUAAUGCAAGGAGAGUUGGUGUUCUGGAGUGCAUAAUAGCAGUUGCAAGAGUAGGAGUUAUAUGCUCUAUGGAGUCUCCAAAGGAACGAAUAGAGAUGAAAAAAGCUGUUGCAGAACUUUGCGCCAUUAAACAAGAGUUGCUUGGCAGCAAAUGGAGGCUUCUAUCCAUUUUAACUGAAGUUGAAGAUGAUGUUGUUAGAGAAUUGGUGCCUCUAGAAGGAGAAGAAGAAGGAAUGGGUAGCUUCUUAGGCAGCAUCUGUUGCCAAUUAGGCAAUCUUGAUGCUUCUGAGAGAACGAAGAAAGCAAGAAGAGUCAAGAGCAAGCACUUGUCCCUCCAAGAACCUAACAUGAUGAAUACUGAUAGUCAGGAGAUACCAUGGAGAGCUCAUCUCUUUAACUUUCACAGAUAGCUUUAGAAGUUUAGUGGCAGCAGACAUGUUGAGUAAUGCAAGGAGAAUGCCAACUGGGUUUGUUUAAGGAAAGGUGUGUCAAUGGCAGACAAUGGGGUAUUUGAAAAUUCUAAAUUGCUGGAGUAGCUCAUGUUGUUGCUCUCAUUGCCUAAUGGGAGGUAGGAUCUGAGUGUGGGACAUAGAAAUUAAAUAUGUACAUGCUUU